CCGUAUGGGUAAAACGUCCACCUUAUAAAAUUCUUCUCGAAAUGUAUGUUACAUAUAUAAGAAAAGUAAAUGUCUGCAAAUAUUAAACUACAUUAGCUUUUGAUAACCCUUUUAGAAAUCCAUAUGGCUCGACGUCUACAACAGAGGCCCUCGCUGCAUUAGGCGAUGUUAUAUGCUAGCGUCAUCUCGCGGGAAACGGAGCAAUGCAAUUCCAAUUGCAAUCUUAAUAACAGACGGGGUAUCUAAUACUUCGCCAGUUAACGCUGCAACACGUUUAAAAGAAAACGGAGUGGUGAUAUACGUUGCCAUGGUGAACAUGCACGAUCCGACAGGCGAUAUGCAACAGGUGGUUUCCAAGCCGGAGUAUUUAAUGUAUGUGCAGAACUAUAACAGCCUGGAAAACUUGGUUGGACCUCUGUCAGUGUCAACGUGUGAUGUGGCCCAGGGAUGUCUACCGACAACGUGCCGGAAUGGGGGUACGUGUCACCAAGGCCAGACGACCUACAGAUGCGAGUGUCCUUCCAUUUUCACCGGCUGGUACUGUGACAUAUCAAUAUGCACCGGUAUUAAUAGUCCGUGUGGGAAUAGGGGCUCGUGCAGUAUCGAUGGUGACAGAUGGAAAUGCUCAUGCUAUCCCGGAUACACUGGGGAAACCUGUGCUACGAACGUCGACGAAUGUGCGAGUUCUCCGUGCAUAAAUGGCACGUGCUUUGACUGGUUGAACAGCUAUACGUGUCGCUGCAACCCGGCUAUACUGGUAUUCAUUGUGAAACAGAUAUUGACGAGUGUAAUUCCAAUCCGUGCGUUUACGGCACGUGUCACGACCAUGUGAAUGCCUUCUCCUGCAAAUGCGAUGCAGGGUAUAUCGGUAUUCGGUGUGAAAUAGAGAUCAACGAGUGCGAGAGUUCUCCGUGCCAGAACGGCGGGACCUGCAUAGACAAAGUUAACAUGUUUGAAUGCGUGUGUUCCGAUGGAUACUAUAACACGCAGUGUGAAACAAAUAUCUGUCAGCCCAUCAUGACGGACGUGAUAUUCCUCCUUGACUCCUCUGUCAGCCAGUCACCUGACCAGUUUACCAGACAGCUGGAUUUCGUUAUCCAGUUCAUAGAUCACGUGGUAGUGGGAGCGGAGAACUUUCAGUUCGCAGUCGUCACGUUUUCCUUCGAGGCAAAAGUCGAGAUUGAAUUGGCUGAGUUUAAUGACAACAUCAGCUUCAAGGAGGCCGUGAGAAAC